AUGUCUGCGCCACUCUUCCUAUGGCGUCGACGACUGGCAAUCCCCUGUCGAAAAUCUUCCACCUGGGUCAGGAUGGUCAGCUUAAUCAUAAUCUUGCUCUUCCUGGUCACCUUUUUUGAUCUAUGCAUGGUGAAAAUGUGUUCCAGAGAGUCUACUUUAAAUGCUCCUUACAAAUUAAGGGAUCAAGCCCAGCGGCGACGUCUUCCCUUCAUCUCAAUGAAGACGAAAAAUUCAGUCAACUCUUCAAUUCUAUCCUCGUUUUGCUUUCUCUUUGGAAAGUUGGAACAGCUCGAGAUGCGUGAAAACGUGAGAACUCAGGAAAAGGUAUUGAAUACCACUCCAUCCACUUUCAUCAAAGAUGGAGUCGAGAUCAUGCAAGACCCUAACUCUAGACCCAGAAAAUUUGGAGCUCUUGACGACCGACUUUUUUAUGGGCAAGGCCACUUCAAGUUGCCCUCGAAAGUUGGCCUUGAUCGACGGGACUUUCCAUUAUUUCCCUUCGAGAUUCCCUCAGGCCAGCCAAUGCAUGACCGGAUAUGGAACCAAAUGCGCUAUGUGCCGCAUCAAGUUGUAAGGGUGAGUAUGGUGAUACACUUUAUUGAUAUAUAG